AUGGUGGUGAUUAAAAAGGAGUUCAAAAUCCUCAUCGUUGCAAACGCGGCACUAAUCAUAUUCAUUCUGUAUUACACAUUCGAUCUGUUAUCGAUGUGUGUUGAUGAUACGAUGAAGGACGCCUUGCUCGAUAAUGAUAUCAAUUCCUCUGCAUCUGUAGAUAAAUCAACGCAACUGAUACCCAAAAUCAUUCAUCAGACCUAUAAGACAGAAGACAUCCCCAAACAAUGGGUGGAGAGUCAAAAAAAAUGUAAAGACCUGCAUCCGGACUAUCAGUAUAUCCUGUGGACCGACGAGAGUUCUAAAUCUUUUAUUGCCGAAGAGUAUCCCUGGUUUUUGGAUACUUUCAACAACUACAGGUAUCCGAUAGAAAGAGCAGAUGCCAUUCGAUAUUUUAUCUUACUGAAAUACGGUGGCGUUUACAUCGAUUUGGACGAUGGCUGUGAGAGGAGGUUAGACCCGUUACUGAAAUACCCUGCCUUUGUGAGAAAGACAUCGCCAACAGGGAUAUCAAACGACGUUAUGGGGAGUGUGCCAAACCACCCGUUCAUAUUGAAGUUGACUAAGUCGCUAAAACAUUACGACAAGAACUGGUACCUACCGUAUUUGAGUAUCUUGGGGUCUACGGGUCCCAUUUUUGUGAGUGUCGUCUGGAAACAAUAUAAAAGAUGGACUACGAUUACCGAGAAUAACGCCGUGAGAAUAUUGCAACCGGAAGACUACAAGAAACACCCGCAUUCGUUUUUCUCCAUUGCCAGAGGUUCAUCUUGGCAUUUGAGUGAUGCAAAUUUCAAUGAAGUCUCUGGGAACCAUAUACUUUCUUGUCGUGGUUAUCGGCUUCGUCUUCGGUUUUCGUUACUGUACCUCGAGUACUGCAUCUACACCUUUUUAUGUUCCAACAAUUUAGGGAAUGUUAAGAGGUUUGGAUUUCAUAUAAAGGAAAAUUUCAAGUCGUGGACUAGUUUCAUCUUUAGACGUGCACCACAAAAAUCAAGCACCACCAUUAUGUUUGAUGAAUCUGUUGAUUUCGACUCUAACAAACACAAAAGGACGCGUAAGGACUCCAACACGCUCUUCCGUAAUGUCAUGGUGGAUUUGGAAAAGAACGAUCCAAACUACACGGAUUUAAGUAACUAA